GAUAGUAAAGUAUUCGGGCUCGUAAUUAUUGAGUAGUUCAUAAAAGGAAGAUUGGCCGUCAUGAUGAUCGCGUUAUUCCUGCUGCUCGGGGUAGCGUCGAGCUACGCGGAGCCGCGUAUCAUAGAGUCUAGCAUACGGCUGGAGUUGCCCCCGCCGCCCGCGCCCCGCUCGCCCGCGCGGACCGUGUACGAGAGCUACGUUACGAUGCCGGUCGACCACUUCGACCCGCAGAACACUGAUACAUAUCAGAUGCGGUACAUGUUCAACCCGGAGUUCUGGGGCGGUCCCGGCUCUCCCAUCUUCAUAAUGGUGGGCGGCGAGUGGAACAUCGCGCCGGGCUGGCUGCAGGCGGGCAACAUGUACCUGAUGGCGGAGGAGAAUAGCGGCUACCAGGUGUACACCGAGCACAGAUAUUAUGGCAGGAGUCUGCCGUAUGAAGAAUUCACAACUGAGAAUCUCCGGUUCCUCAACAUGGACCAGGCGUUGGCGGACUUGGCUCACUUCAUCCGUGAUAUGAAAUCGUCGCCGAUGUUCGCUGACAGUGACGUCAUAUUGUACGGUGGGUCGUACGCAGCCAACAUGGUGCUGUGGUUCAAGCAGCGGUACCCGCAUUUAGUGCUGGGAACGGUCGCCUCGAGCGGACCUAUACUGGGGAAAGUUGAUUUUACGGAUUACUUGGAAGUUGUACACGAAGCCUUUCACUCCGAGGGUGGAGACCAGUGUAUAUCCGUCAUACGACAGGGCAUAGAGGACACUGUGGCUGCCAUACAAACUGAAGCAGGCCGACAAACUGUGCAGGAAACGUACAGACUAUGCGAGCCGCUGAAGUACGACAGCGUGUACGACAUGGGCUACUUUUCGGGGCUGAUCAGCGUGUCAUUCUCCGGGUCGGUGCAGUACGCGCUCCCCGGCAGCUUGCGGCAGAUCUGUGCCAACUUCGCUACUAAUGUCUACGGUGUAACACCGAUGCAGAAGAUCGCCGGAUUCAUCGUUGAUUACCAGGGGCUGGACGACGAAGCCUGCUGGGGUGUCGAGUAUGAGUCGCUUGUUUCGUUUUACAGACAGCGGAGUAAUUCGCGCGCGUGGUACUACCAGACGUGCACGGAGUACGGGUUCUAUCAGACGGCGCCGCGCUCUGGCACCGUGUUCGACCCGCUCACCUGGAUCAGCGUUGAUUACUUCGUCAAUAUAUGCAAGCAGGCCUUCACUGAAAGGUUCAACGAAACGUUCGUGUACAACGCAGUGGAGCGUGUGAACGCGAUGUUCGGCGGGCUCCAGCCGGUCGUCAACAACACUAUCAACAUCCACGGUAACAUCGACCCCUGGCACGCGCUCGGCGUCCACGACCGCGAUCUGACUGACACCUCGCCCACAUACAAUGUGCCCCGGGCAUCGCAUUGUUUUGACAUGGGCAGUUGGCGCAAUACGGACACAAUUCAAAUGACAAACGUGCAACAAAUCGCCAGGAGGCUGGUGAAACAGUGGUUGUCCUAGUUAUUUUAUUCCGUAUUGAAAGAAAGGUGAAAAUAUACAUUUAUGUUUUAAAAAAAUCUUUAAAAAUUUAAAGC